AUGAAGACUGCUUCAUCAUUCACGAAGAAGGCUAACGAUGUCAUUGAUCCUCACACUAAUAAAACCAUGGUGAAUGUUAUGUGGCCUCCUAUAAAGCAAGCUAAAAAGAUUCUGCUUCCCAUACGUUUACCAGAAGGCACCUUGGACUCAAUGCAAUUUUGGGUUUAUGAUGAGUCUACAGCGUUGACGGUGAUCAAUUUGAAAAAGAGCCAGUACCGCAUUGUCGAUCCCAAGGAUUUGUUGAAGUUUGGAGAACGUGAUAUUCGUACUUUGCCACAUUUUCAAAUUAUUUUAGAAAAUGAAUUGUUUGAAGUUGUUGGCAAAGCUUUCACUAGAAUGGUUGCCACUAUAAUUGAACGGAAGUUGUGGGUCGGGGCAUUCGAUCAGUCUAAUGUUCAUCUUGUAGACAAGCUAUGA